AUGACUUGGACGCCACCAUGGACACCCAAAAAGAUGGAGGCUCUUGUAAAGCUCCAAGAGCGUAACGAAGAUCGUGAGAAGGAACUCGACAAGAUAUUCGGAAAACUCAACAAGACAUCUGGAACUGACCUAAGACCUUAUAAAUGGAACUGGCACAAGGAAGCACCCAAGGCCGCAAAGAUCGUGGAGGAUGCACAGGAGGAUGCCGCCAAUUAUCAGGAGAUGCUCGAAAAGGAGCUGGCUGGGCUCUAUACUUGGCCAAGUCGCGAACUUACGGACGGAAAGAUCUUCUUGCCGGGCAAGGGGGUCUUCGCUACGUUCAACCGGAAGGAUACUUGGUUUGAUGACAUGGGCUUCUCUAAAUAUCAGACUGACUAUACCUUCUCUGACAAUUGGGAUAAGGAAAGGAUACCAGUGACAAUCCUUGUCCCAAAAGAUCUGCCGGUCGGACAUAAAGCUCCGGUUAUGUGGUUCUUCCAUGGUGGUGGCUAUUGCACAGGCUCUGGCGACUUUCCCGCUUGGUAUUCUCAAACGGCCAUCAAGAGGGCUAAAGCGAAAAAGGCUAUCAUUAUCGCGCCGGACUAUCCCUUAGGACCUGAAGGCAACUACAAAGACAUCGUGGACUGUUUAAGGGACUUUCUUGUCUGGUACAGGGAAGAUGGCUGCUUCGAGUCUGACUUCACGAAGUGGACAGAAUGGCUUUAUAAGCAGAAGCCUGUGCAGAAUUUUACUGUCGACAAGAACCACGUAUAUGUCGAGGGCGAGAGCGCUGGUGGUCAAGCAGCCGUUACCGCAUUGUGGCUGAACGCUACAAAGGGUGGGCCAAAUUUGCCCAUCGACGUUGCGCUCCUUCGAUACCCAAUGAUUGCGCAUUACAAACGAAAAUGGGACAAAUGCGCGGAUAAGACGAACGGAAAGAUGAAUUACAUGGGCCUUUGGUUCACCAAGGAGGAGGUCUUGAAGCGCGAAGCCGACAUUGCAGAACGUAUCAAGUGGCUCGAAAGCCACAGUCUCGUACCAACUUGCUCGUCGCGCUGGCCUUCGAAGGGCAUGGCUUUCGCAUUCAUUCUCUCCGUUACAGAGAAAUGGCAAUGGUACUUUCAGCGCCAGCACGACUUCCCCAAAGCUAAAAGGGACGAAACAGACUAUAUGGAUGGUAUUGAGCGGGCGAGUAAUACUCGAAGUAGUGUAUCGCAUGAACGUCUUCCACCCAUGUAUAUAUUCCAUGGAUGGAAUGACCCGAACUGCCCUAUUAAAGACACUAAGGAGUUUGUGAGAGUAUUGAAAACGAAGUAUCCGGAACGAUACAUGAACGACAAGAAUCUGCGAUUCGAUAUUGUGAAGGAGCUGGCGGUGAGAAGGAGUGGAAAUUUGGAUGGCUCCAUCAAUAAUGAGUAUAAUUCCGAUAACGUUGGGCACGGGUUUGAUUACUGGCUUGACGAGACGGAGGAGAAAUCCUUGAGAGAUGCAUAUGAUUGGGUUGGUGACCGUUGGAAGACUAGUUCUUAG